GUAUUUUUUGGAUUGAGAAGGGCGCGGAUCCCGGCUUUAUAUCGGCUUUAUCAUCCGGCGAUAAGAAAGUCAUCCCAGGUCACUCCGUGUGAGUAAGUACGGGUCAUUGUCCUUUCUCCAGCAUUUGUUCGUCGUCUGCACCCCGAGUCAUUCUUACGUGGCACGACGGAUUGACAACCCCGAACAGCCUAAGCAGUCUCUAGAUUCGCACCUAAUUUUCUUCUUUGACGUCUGCAAAUCGAUUGGUCACGGCAUGACAUAAAACGCGUGGAGAUCGAAUACCAUGGAUGAAUCAGCAUCAGCCUUGGAGCGAUUCCGCCAACAAUGGAAGGAAGAAGUUACAGCUCGCUCCAAGAAGUCAGAGAAAAGGCCUACAGAGUCACGACAGCCGGAAAGAGCCAGGAGGCCGAGUGAAGCAAGGUUAGAGCGACCGAUACACAAACCUCCAACUCGCCACCCAAUAUCAGAUAUCAAGGAUGACUCCGAUCAUCACAGUGACACCGACCUUGGCUCCGACAAACCCCACGAAGCCAGCUCAAACUUGGCGCAGCACGUGGAAGCACUCAGCAUUCAGAGUAUCGAUGAUGACGAAUUCACGCCCAAGCCAUCAAUAAAGGAGCCGAAAAGUGCACUUGAACAUUUUGAACAUGCCGUUGAGAGAGAGCGUCAGGGUCAGCUGGGCGACAGCGUUUCACACUACCGGAAAGCCUAUCGACUCGAUGCAAAAGUCGACCAGUCUUACAGACAGAAGCACUUUCCCAUAAAGUCAAAACCCACCGACCCAAACCCGUCUGGCGUCCCAGUCACAGUGCCUUCGACCGCCCACCACUCAUCGAAAGAAUCCACGGAACAGUUGACUAUAGACGAACUGAUCAACAGCUUCGCGGAAUCACAAAUACCAGGCGUCCCUCCUAUCAUUGAAGGAGAGCAGCCUCCACUGUGCGGCAUCCAGAAAGUACCUACGGAAGUAUUGUUGGAAUUGAUUCGACAUGUUGCUAUCCGCGACCCUGCUGUUUUUGUCCGACUGUCUCUGGUCUGCAAAAAGCUUGCUUACCACGUCUUCACCGACAACAACAUUUGGAAGCGUGUCGCUCUGGGACGAGAAUUUGGUUUAGCCGCCCAACAAUACAACUUCGUCACCGACUUACAGAGCCGAGAAGUCAUCUUCCGCGAAAUUGGGGAUGAAGAUGACGAAGAUCUGACCCUUUCGCGGGUGGGAGAAAGUGCAUUUCCCAAGGAGGUCAUCUGGCGUGACGUCUUCCACAGCUACCCUCGUAUUCGUUUUACUGGUGUUUAUAUCUCCACCGUCAACUACACUCGCCCCGGAGGUGCUUCGGCUAGUGCAUUUACCUGGAGCAACCCCAUCCACGUCGUCACAUACUAUCGAUACCUUCGCUUCUUCCGUGACGGCACCUGCAUCUCCCUUCUGACAACCGACGAGCCGAUCGAUGUCGUUAACCAUCUGACGCCAGAAAAUCUCACCUACGUGCGCGGCGGUAAGAAGGAAGCAGCAAGUCUCCUCAAAUCGACACCGGCACCUACAAAGAAAACCAUCAAUGCUGUAGCAGCGGCCACGUCAACAGGAGCUGCCCCUCCUCCAGCGGCCCAGCAUGUCAUGAAACAAGCCCUCCGUGGCCGAUGGCGUCUCUGCCAUCCUAGUUUGGAACCCGCCACUGCCGAAACCACGCCUAUCGAUCAGCCAAAUCCAACUGCAAUUUCUCCCGGCGAUCUGCACAUUGAGACCGAGGGCGCAGGUCCACGAUACAUGUACACGAUGCAUUUGUCUUUGAAGAAUGCUGGAUCAGCCCGGUCAAAGCACACCACCAAGAACAACAAGUUGCAAUGGAAGGGCUUCUGGAGCUACAACAUGCUCACAAACGACUGGGCCGAGUUUAGCCUUAGGCAUGAUAAGCCUUUUCACUUCUCCCGUGUCAAAGGAUACGGUUUAGGUUAUUGAUGUAAGGAGCCAGGCAGGGCUUGGUAGCGGCGUGACUGUGUCGAUGUGAGACGGAACCCUGUUAUGACAGUGCACUUGGGCAUCGUAGGCGACUGUGUACGACCCCUAGACCUCUG